AAAUAAUUUGAGCACCCUAUGAAAAUGUGUUGUGGCUGAUGCGAUAGCUUAGUUAGAGAACAUGACCCUGUGUUAUGGAACACUUCUUCAAUCGAAAACCAACAAAAGGGUACAUUGAACUAUCGAAAGAGAUCGAAAAGAACCAAAAUAAUCGCCACAUCACUGAUGAGAACAUAACAGUACCAAACCACAUCAGCAAGGCAGCUUGUUAUGUUGAGGAUGCCAGGGACGGCAGGCUUGCCAACGGCAAGGGUAAAAUGUCAGAAAAAUCACGGAAAAUACAGCUGUGUUUUUUCAUACAAACGCACGAUUGGUGGGCUCGGUUUAUAUACCUCUCAAUCGUCUUCCUGGCUAUCCUGAUAUUCUUCGAGCCACCUUCCUCCGCCGCUAUCACCGUUUGUGAUCAGGAGAUGUUCAAGUUUAAAAGUGACAGCAAAAUCUGCCAAAACAAGAGCAUUAUCAAGGACUGGGAAGCUUGGACUCUUUUUGUUGAAUUUUUAUUAAUUAUGAUAUUUGUUACUGAUGUAUUUAUGAAAGCUACUUAUAUGAAGCCGAGUGUAUACUUUACAAAGAAGUGGCACAAGGUUACAACAUUUUUUAUUUUAUUGUUUUCGAUUGACUGGAUCAUAUUCACCUGCACAUAUUACGCCAUGGAUCAGAAAGGAUUGCGGUUCAGCAGACCAUUCAGACCUGUGCUACUCCUCACAAGAUACCGAGAGUUACGUCGAAUCCUGGAAACCCUUACAGACAUGUUGAAUGAACUGAUAAAGCUUACAUUUGUCAUAAUUUGCUUUGUUCUGUUCUUUGCCUGGCUUGGAGUGACGUUUUUCGGGAAGACGUACAUGUUCACAAAGAACUGCAUCGACCCUGACCACGGAUCAGUAUUACAAAAGCUGGAGACAGAUCCGGAAUACUGUGUUAAUACACCGUGCUGGGACCGGUCCAAGUUCCCUUUCUGCCUCUGUACUGGCGAAGACAACGUCACUAUCAAUGAUAUUGAAUAUCAGACUGGAUGUUCUGUGCCGAAAAAGAAAUUUUCUGGUCCUUACGUCGAGGGAGAAACAGAAACUUACAACAACAGCUUUAGUGAUCCGCUGAUAGGCAUGGUCCGACUGGUUGUUCUUAUCUCCACUGAGAACUAUCCUGAUGUCAUGUUGCCGGCGUUCAAAGCUAACAGUGCAAAUUUUCUAUAUUUCAUCGUGUUCAUAUUCAUUGGAAUGUUUCUGUUACUUUCUGUUCUGCUGGCUGUGAUUGUUGAGUUUUGGCUGUCUUAUCUUAAGAAGACCAACGAUUCGGAAAAACGGAAGGAGAGGCUAGGGAUAACCAAAGCCUUCAUUUGGAUCGACAAAGACCAGAACUAUUAUAUAAAGGAACACUCGUGGAACGAGCUUAUACUGCUGCUAAAGAAAGAUUUCACGAAACUCCAAUCUCACUUCAUGUUUCAAAUGCUGGACUGGGAGCAAAAGGGGCAGCUGGAUGUGUUAGACUUCCUGAACAUUGCUGAAGCGUUAAAACUCCACUAUACGCUAAAAGACGCUGACACGGCUAUAGAAAACACGGAGAUAGGACAAUUUGCACGGCGGAUAUUGAGUUACGGCUUCCCUAUCACUUUCUUCGGGCUAAUGACUCCGAAGACGGUGAACGUGCAAACGAUAUCCAUCUUCUUCUCCUUCAUCCACACAAUCCUGUCUGUUGUGCACUACAACAACGUCCCUCAGAACUACAUCAUUGCCCGAACUACCAUCAAUACAGUUCUUCUCUUGGUUCUUCUGUCAGAGGUUCUGUUGCGAAUUAUGGCAAGUGGCACGGGCUUUCUUCAUCCGUUGAUAAACAAGUGGGAAGUGACGAGUAUAUCAGCCGCUUUCAUCGCUAUGAUUGGAUACUGGAUAACGUGGUUGUCCUCGUUGAAGUCUAGUUCGGGGGCUAUUGACCACACAAUGCCUCAAGCUGAUGAUUUUUUCCGGCUAACAUGGGAAUCCUUCAUACUUUUCAAAUUGUGUCUACAAUUCCGGGCUGUCAGUGGAAAUUUGGUCUUCAUGUACAAAGUGCUGGUGGUUCUCUUUGAACUGUUCUUUUUCAUUUUAAUCAUCAUGUACGUCUUCUUAGGAAUAGGCCUCGAACUCUUUGCCAUAGCAGAUGGUGGCAACGAUAACUAUUUCGCGCAUUACGAAUGUGAACUGGGAUUUAUAGAUCCUAGUUGUGGUCUGAUCACCCUUCUGCAACUGAUCACCACUAGUAACUGGCACUCUGUGAUGAACUCAGUCUACAAGGCUAGUGGGUGGUGGGCCUACAUAUACUUCAUCCUCUUCUACAUUGCCAUUGAUCUGAUCUUGCUCGAUUUAAUGAUCGCCAUUGCCAUCGAAAUGUACAACGCGGUCAGUCGACAAUCUGAUGACACCUUCGGUGAACAGCCUGGUAUUUGCUUUGAGGUAUACGAAGGGAAAAUCCCGGAGCCAUCCUGCCCCGUAGCUGCUGCCGUUGCUAAACCAGAACGUCGCAGAUCUCGGCUUGGUUCAAUAUUCAACACCAACGGUACCUCUCAACCCGAACCUUAUCGUAAACUCAUUUUAGAGGUGACUCGUAGUAAGAAAGGAUCCUGGCGUCAGAGCAUCAUUACAAGUGAAAUCUUUAACAUCGAUUCUAACGAAAUUGAUGAUAUCCAGCGUUCUUUAGACAAGGAUUACCCUGGUGCCAAGUCAAAGGAAAAGCACCAUGGCCAUGGGCAUGACGGUGAAUCAAGGGGAAUUGAGGUGAAGCUACUGUAUUCGGAAAAGAGCAACGAGCGUAUGAAACUCAAUAAACCAGACUGUAAGCUUUACAUAAAAUCAGAGUUCAUGGAUCUUAACGAGCAACCACAGGGUAAAAUACUGAUGGAGCUCAACGACAAUCAAUCUAGUCUGCACUUCAAACUGAUCUUUAAGAGCCCGAGUAAGCCAAUACGGGGGAUAAUAAGGAACAGCGACGACGUCAAAUGUGAGGAUUAUUACGAGCUGGAUGAGGGCGAGUUUUCGUUCCACGCCCACACAAACGACUAUCACGUUUACAAACAUUGGAGGAUGAAGAGAAAUCAGAAACAGAACCUGAUCCACGGCCAGGUCUCCUUCCUCAUCAUGACCAAGGAUAAACCGAACGGGGCUAUGGUGGCUGAAAUUGAUGGUGUCCAGGCAGAAAAGCAGCGAUGGAUGCUGAGAAAGGAAGAAAUCCAACAAAAUGCCGAAACUUUCGGAAAAGUGUCUCCCCUUCUAUCUUGGUUUGCUCACAGGGUAACAACCCACGUCAUGAAGGACGACGACACUGACGAGGAGGACGAGGGUGCGCUGGAAGAAGGAGCUCUUGUUAAACAGCAGGUAAAGAAACAGCUCCUUAUAUUCCAGGAGUUCAGGAGAAAAGUUUACAUCCCUAAUGAGUAUAAACAAGAAACUCGAUUCAUCAACGAGGCUCACAAGGAGUGGCUGAACAUGUACCAGAGAGAUAUCCCUGAAACACUAGGAGAUAGCCCUGCUGCCGUUCUGGACCAGGUCAAGAACUUCAUGGUUAAUCAAACCAGCACAAGUGGAGGUUUGCUUGCUCCGCCCGGCAGUAUCGGUGGCUCUAUCGGCUCAAAUCGACACAGCUUUACGCUAAACGACGAUUCAUCGUCUGAUGAUGACGAUGAUGAUGACGAUGACAGCGAUGAUAGCGACGAUGACGAUGAUGAUCCUAAACCGGGUCUUCAAAUAGCUGGCGGUGCAAACAAACUCAAGGGACUGUUCGAAGCCAUCGCGAACGCGCCCGAGCGGAAGCUCAGCACAAACUCCCGGAAAUCAUCGACAAGUUCAUAUAGGUCACAGAGGUCGAACAGAUCGAGUAGAUCUCAGCCAACAUCGAGUGCCAAACCGUCACUAAUCAUCCCACAAGUCAUCAACACGGACCAUGAUGAGGAAAUUAGUCGAACUGCUGCUCGAGCGUCUUCUCCAGAUCUCCACCCAACUCUAAAAUCCGCAUCCUCCGCUCCUUGUUCGCCCGGACUUGAACGAACAAUGCCGUCCAAAUCACCGGCGUCGUCAGAACCUUCAGCGCCGCCAUCAGAGGAUUGUUCAGUGUCAGUUGGGGAACAAGAAAACGACGUGAACGUGUGAGAUCACGCGAUGUCAAUGACGUCACGUGGCGCUAACGCGUGAGCCUUGAAAUCACGUGAUGCGAUUACAAUGCUGACACGUGAAGAGCCGCGCACGUGUGGCAUCACGUCACUCACUAUGAAUUACGUUACGUUCGAAAUCAAUAUAGAUCGCACCUGACACAGCCAGAGUAUUGAUUGUUCAUGUAGCGGGGUUUUGUAAUGUUACAUGCGGUUUAGUAUGAUGUAUUAUGAGUUAAAAUUCUUUCGACUGUUUUACAUUUUUGAAACUUUGAGUAAUUACGGUGUUUGGUAUUAUGUAUCUUUGGUUUUUAAAAUUAUUUGAUGAGGCAUUACCAUGUAUUUAAAGAUGUUAAAUAUAUGAUACGCUGUAAAAUCAUGCAAUCAAUAUUGUUACAGCAUCUUUGGCAAAAAAUUAUAACUUUAACAUGUCUGUUAGAGUAAUACGCAAAAUGAAGACAUAAUAUAGUAAACAAGAAAGCAUCUGAGGAAUAUGCUCUACACACGAUACGACUGAUCCUGUAUAUUUAGUUUUAUUGUAAAAUGUAAAUACAACAUAUUAGGUCAAGACCAUUGCCAUGCUUCCAGUUUCGACCACCCUUUUCAGUAGAUGUUAUAGUAGAUAACAUCUACUGUAGAUGUUAUAGUAGAUAACUAUUGUGUCUGCAGAGUGCAGGGCUAGUUCCCGCUAGUUGGAAUGAGGUUAGGAUGAUGUUGAAUUGUAAUUUUGGGAAAUAGAUCGUUAGAUCAAGAUAUUCCGAUUUUCGUUCAUAGUACCGUGCUUUCGGAAGUACUACUAAUAUAAACUUCGUUUUAAACAACGGUUUAUUACUUUUAAUUUUAAUUCUCGCCUUUUGAUAGUCACCGUUUUAAGUUCACUGAAACAUGUAAUUAUACCUUCCAUCAAUAUCAUAUUUUAAAUGUUUAUUAUCAUAAUUACAAAAAAAUAAAGUGCUGAGAAAUAAAAGCUGAUUAAUUGAACAAACGGGGAGUGCAAGACUUCCCUUUUUAUCAAAUCCUUAAGUUAAUUGUAAGUCUCACAUUCACAACCGUAAUUUCCACCUUUCAAAGUUCUGUUUUCGCACAUUCAUCAAUUCUGUAUCUAAUAUUAAAGACGAUUUUUGAAAGAAUUAAGAUAUUUGAUUAAUAUUGAAACUGAAUCAGGACUCACAUUAAUUUGUCCUGUGCUAAUCUGUCCUGCAACUUUUCGUACCGUGUCGAGUAUUUAAUUUUAACAUUCAACAUAAA